AUGGCGCACAUAUCGGGCAGGAGUUGCUUUUCUGCCAAAGUGGAAAGAUCCCACCAUUCAAUGGACACCUUCCUGUACUCUCUGUCGCACACCAGGUUGGCAGCCGCAGGUGACGCACGCCAGAACUUUGACCCGACCUCUGCUAACGAGCUUGGCUCGAUUCACAACGUGACCUCGGACUCGACCAGCACAGAGAAGGAGGAUAGGACCAGCGUGGAAACAGAGGCCAGCGGUGACGGUGGCGCCUGCAACGGCUCCACUAACGGGAAGGCUUCUUCGUCGGGAGGCUCGAGCGGGUACGAGGCGUCAUUGGCGACGCUCCGCGACGCUCGGAACAGCGACGAGAGCUCGGGCGGCCAAUGCGCACGCAAACCCCAGCGGUCGACGCAACCGAUGCCGGCGAGGACGGUGGAUCACUUGGCUUCCCCGUGCGCGAUCGCGUCGGGACCCACUCGCAAGAGCUCGAGACUUCGAAAUAAGCAGCGCCGCGCCAGGCCAGAGCCCGAUGCAUGCUUGGAGACUGGCCUGUUCACGUUGAUGCUCCGCCAGAUACCGCGGCACUACACGCAGCUGGUCUUCUUGGCCGACGUCUCGCGCUGUGGCUUCAUGGAGCUGGUGGACUUCAUCUACAUACCCUUCGAUAACAGAAAGGGCAAGAACGUUGGAUACGGCUUCAUCGGCUUCACGGAGACGCCCCACGCCUUGGCGUUCAUCCAGAAGUUCGACGGGGCGUACAUGGACACGGAGAUGAGGAACCAGGGCAAGCCGUUGCGCAUACAUCCUGCCGCGGCGGUCAGCUCCUGCACACCGCCAGGCAGGGCCUGCUCGGGACGGACCAUGCUCCGGGCGUGUGGUGCAGCCCUCCAGCGUCCGUGCCGGCAGCGGCGCAGGCCUCGGGCCCGGGCUUCGUGGGCGUCUACCAGCAGCUGGAGGAGAAGAAGCAGAGCCUGCUGA